AUGGCUUCCCCGGCUACGAGAUUUGUCUUCGCACUUCUUACAUUUGUCACCAUGGGAAUGAUAAUCGGGGCUUUGUUACAAUUAGCAUAUAUUCGAAGGUUGGAAGAUUCAUAUGGAACUGAAUCUUCCUUGAGAAGAUUAAGUGAAAUUCGGAAUGGAGGUGGUGUUCAACUUACUCGAGGUAUUUCUCACUGGGAGGACAAAGAAGCCUUGAUUUUACGUCUUGGAUAUGUCAAACCUGAAAUAAUUAGCUGGUCGCCGCGCAUUGUUGUAUUUCAUAACUUUUUAAGUACAGAGGAAUGUGAUUAUCUUAGAGAACUUGCCAAGCCUCGUCUGCAGGUUUCUACAGUUGUGGAUACAAGAACCGGAAAGGGAAUCAAGAGUAAUGUUAGAACAAGCUCUGGAAUGUUUCUUAGCAAUGAAGAAAGGAAAUACUCUCUGAUACAGGCAAUUGAGAAACGAAUAUCUGUAUAUUCUCAAGUACCAAUAGAAAAUGGAGAGCUUAUACAAGUAUUGAGGUAUGAAAAAAAUCAGUUUUACAGACCACAUCAUGACUAUUUUUCUGACACGUUUAAUUUGAAGCGGGGUGGUCAACGAGUGGCAACAAUGCUUAUGUACUUAAGUGACAAUGUUGAAGGAGGAGAGACAUUCUUCCCACAGGCUGGAUCGGGCGAGUGUAGCUGUGGUGGGAAAAUGGUUAAAGGAUUGUGUGUGAAGCCAAAUAAAGGAGAUGCUGUGCUUUUCUGGAGCAUGGGGCUUGAUGGACAAUCAGACCCGAAUAGCAUACACGGUGGAUGUGAAGUAUUGUCGGGAGAGAAAUGGUCUGCUACUAAAUGGAUGAGACAGAAAACUGCAACCUAA